UUGGAAAUGUUAAAACCAGACAGAUAUGGCAUUUUGGAGUUCAAACUUGGAAGCAACGAUAAAAAUCACAAAAUACCUAUUGAGAAUGCUUACAAAGAUAUGACUGUGCCCGAUAUACUGACAAUUCGAAUUGAAAAAGAUGGAGAAGUCAACGAUGUGGUUGUAGAAGUUGAAAAUAGAGCAAUUGAGAAACCCUACAUAGGAGGCUACAAAGAUGCCCAUACAGAUAUUCUGUACCAUCACGGGUACACUCAGACUGGACCACCAAAACCAAAAGUACCACCGGAGUUAAAAAAUCACAGAGACACUCAAACGUACUUUACCAGGAACAGAAGAACGGAACAAGACUACUCCAGGGCUACUCAGGUGACGACCAAAGGAAUCUACUUGCCUAACGCUUGUGACAGAAUUUUGACACCUGGGCCUUAUGAAACAGCUGAUGAAAGGGAGAGGCGUAUAGAUAUUGAAGGCAAAGUCAGAACCAUACAGAGAUAUUAUAGAGCAUGGAUGAUGAGAAAAAAACUGAAAGAGUUCAGCGACGAGUACCAAAAACGACUACGAAUAGCUUUGGAAAGGGAAGAAAAAGAACGCAUCGAAGAUGCAAAACGAAGAAAAAAAGAUCUGGUCGACAAAGUGUUCCCGGUCAAAACCGAAGACUUCGCCAUGUUGUACAGCAUGGUAGACCGUUGGAAAAAAUCGGAAAUUGAACGUAUAACCUCCAUACACUGUGGCCCAUCUAAAAUAGCGGAAUUCUACCUUUUGCUGGAAAAAGAGAUCGAAAUAAUACAAUCCAUCGAACGCCUGAGAACGAAAGUCAACAAAGACGUCGAAAAGAAACAGAUAAUCGACUUUUUCAAGGCUAUAGGCAGUCCGAUUGAGUGGGACAGCGACUAUAAGCACAUUCACAUCUCCAUGGACACAAUGGAAGCCCAGAAAGGCAGGGAAUACUUUCGGUUGUACCAGAGACUUUGCGACCAGAAAGCUACCAAGGAGGAUAGGUUGCAAACCUAUCUGGACAUAAAACUAUACUUAAAUACACAUAAAUGCAACGAAAGGCAGGAAAUUAUCAGUUUGAUUGACAGGAUGUGCGAGUUUUUGGCCAGGGGAAUGUCCGAGAGUAGCUUAAAAGUGUUACAAAAACGUAUUGAAGCCCUGAUUUUACACCACUUCAAGAUGACUGAAUGCAACGAAGGUGUAACAAGUCACCCCAACAAACUCAGAAUAAAACAAAUGACCAAAAAUCUGAUCUACUGUCAGAUGUGUCAAAAGAUGAAGGCCAUCGAACAGUUCACAAUCAAUGCCAGAUCGGAAAGAAUUAAGAUAUGCACUGCCUGUAUGUGGCUGGACAAGGCAGAAGAACCUUGGGUAGACUUGUCACCGUACAAAUUCAUUCUGAGACAGAUAAGAAACUAUGAAAGACUCCAUCAUGGCACUUCUUCCAUAGCUUUCAUCAUGCAGGACAGAGAUAUACAGUUUAUAGUGACAGUGAUAUGGCAUGGACAUUCAGCUUUGUCUGAAUGUGCCGACGUAUAUCAGCUAAGAUUAGUCAGAUGGGACACGGAACAAGAAUGGUCUCCCUGGAACUGUAUCUUGCUGACAAUGGAAGAAGCCAAGGCACAUCUACGUUUAGAUCGCUUAAAUGACAUGUACGAACAAGAGUUCAGAAACCACAUCUUCAACAAGCACGCUUUGGCUAGGAAACACUUCAAAAACCUCUCCAGUUACGACAAGCAUUUUACUGAAUUCUCUAAAGGCGAUUGGAAGUUAGAUGAAUGGUCCGAUUAUUAUUCCAGACCAAACAAGCACGAGUGUGAUAUUGAGAUUGAAGAAAAUAAAGAGGAAGAAGGUGAAAAGAGUAGUAAUAGUAAUGGCAUAAACAGUGAAGACGAUGAUGAAUGCACAUGUAAGAAAAUAUUUGAAAAAAGUACCAACAGUGAAGAGCUAAAUGAAUAAAAACAAAAAUUCACACACUCACCUUGUAAUAAAUUGUUAACC